AUGGCAUCCUCGCUGUCAAAGGGGCCUGUCUUUACGGCCGUCCGCCUCAAUAACGCCGUUUUCCCACUGUACUCAUGUCAAUGCCGGUUUCUUUCGCAGUCGUCCCAACGCAGUGCCAUGCGGGGGAUUCCGGAAAACAUUGCUAUCAAACAACCAGCUCAGCCGAGUAUGGCGACGAGGGGGAUGGGUCUAUCAAGGUCUGAGUUGCCUCAGGAUAUUGGGUUGCUGCCAGGCACAUACGUUCGCCCGCUCUGGAGGGAUAUGCCUUCGAUCUUUCAACAUCCGCAGGAGCGUCUGCAAUUGGAGUGGCUUUGGUUGAAGUCGGGAUUCCAAAAUUUCUUGGGUCUUGUUGCUUAUUGCAAAUGGUUCAAUUCAGGUUUACCACUUCGUCUGAAGGAGCGUCGGCAAGCUGCUCGUGAGCUCCAUCAGCACAUGUACUCUGCGUUCGCUAAGGGAGACAUCAGCACUCUGCGCAAGGUUUGCUGCACCGGCCUCGCCAACAACCUUUCCUCCCGUAUCGCCAACCGUCCCAGGGAUGAGAAGGUCAGCUGGUCUCUUGACAAAUACAACCGCACGCCAGCAACUCUUCUCACCGGACUCCGUGUGUUGUCGGACCGUGCUACUCAAAUCCCCGAGAUCCCCGACUCUGGAGUGCGACAGGUCGUGGUGCGUAUCACAAGCAGACAGUCCACUGGGAAAUCCAAGGUGGUCAAGACGGGCAAGUCCGAAGUCUCCGUCGAGUCUACCGCCCCGCCCAAGCAACAAGACUGUACCGAAUACAUUGUUCUCCAGAAGCUUCGGUGGUAUGGCGAGGAGGAGGACUGGCGCAUUUGGGGCCACGCUACGCCAACCACUGUGGAAGAUCUUGCCAACCCCAUGUUCGUCUCCGGACUGACGUUUGCCGAGCGUAUGGCAGCCAUGAAGGAACAGUUUUCAGGAAAGAAAUAA